AAAUUGUCCUUAUUUAUUCUAAAUUUUGAUUUGUUUGUUUGAAACUUUGAAUUUUACCUUUAAUUAUGGUUUUACUGUUGUCAUUACUUCUUGUAAGCCACCCAGAGGGCCUGCUGGCUAUGGGUGCAGCAUAUAAAUAUAAUGAGUGAAUGAAUGAAUGAAACUGGCAUGUUGAUAUAGUCACUCCAUAACUUCAAUCCAGCAUUAAAUCUGGGUUUUAGUCUCCAUUCAGCAAUGAAGCUCACACGGUAACUUUAAGCCAGACACAGACAUGCAGCCCAACCUACCUCACAGGGUUGUUGUUAUGAAGAUAAAAUGGAACUCCUUGCAAGAGGCAAAAUGGCGGGAUAGGAAUGCAAUGCAGUGUAACAACAACAACAAAUAUUAUGCCAUGCUGGAUAUUACAAUGUCAUCUUGGUAUACCUGUUGGUGUGUGCGUGGACUGAUGUUUCUACCUAUGAGCUGUUAACCACGUUUCAAUUGGUGCCUCUGUGCAUGUGCAUGGAGGAGGGGGGCAUUGCAAGGGAACACCCUAGCGAUUGUUGCCUGAUGGGAAUGACUGUUGUUUACUUAGUCGUCUCCUUCAGCCUGCUGCUUAAUAUGCUCCCAGUGCUGCUUGGGGAAGCUCAGUAUAAGCAGCCAUGUUAACUGGACCAUAGGAAUGCCUUACAUAGUAUGAAUUUUGGCUUGCAUUUAUUUGUCAUGUACCUCAAUCCUAUGCAUGCUUAGUAAAAAAGGAAGGAAGGAAGGAAUUAAAGAAAGAUUCCCACUAAUUGCGCUGGAGCGUACUUCCAAAUAGUUAUUUUACAUGUGGAUUUCUUUCAAUGGCUCUUCCCAAAAUAAACAAACCUAAGACUUUGCAGAAUGCUUUACUGACUGCUAUAUCAAAUGGUCGCAUACUGAAAGUUUCAUAUUUUCUUCCAUGCUGUGUCAAACGAGUGAAAAAGUCAAGUUUUAUUACAAUUAAGUGGAUUUUUUUUAAAUCAUGCAAAAACAGGAUUUUGCGGCUGAUGACCUCUCCUGCUCCCAACUCUCGCGGGGAUGAAGGGGAGCCCUCGCUCCGCAAAGAAAUAAACUGCUUUCACAUACGAUAAUGUAUGAAUAAAGUGUCUGAUCGUUCCAGAUUGACUCUUAAACGAGGGACCGAUGAAUAGGCGCAAACUUUGCUGCCUGUUGCCUAUAAUUUCAAAGGCUCAAGGUUAGUUCCCCUCCAUAGGAAGAGGAAAUUACAAUGAAAAGUCAAGAUCCAAGCGGGCAGUUUUAGCUUUCGGAAUGUGGAGGAGGCGAGGACGGCGAGCACAGUAAGACUCCAGCGGGGCAGCCGGUGCUGCUUUGGUGGAAAUGAUGUUCUUCCGUGCCAUUUUACUGGCACAUUCAGCCUGCUAAAUUCUCUCCCUGUGCGUGAGUGAUCGCCCCUCAAGGGAGCAAGCGCGAGAAGGAGUCUCCGGUCUCCAAAGCCAAGUGAGAGGCUUCCUCGUCUUGGCUUCGGUACCGACUUGAGACAAGGCCUUUGAUUGCAUUUGGCCCUACCCAGGAGAGGAACACGGGGAGGUAUUUGCGACAUCACAUUUAAAAAGGCCCCACGAAAAAGUGAUACUGGGCGAAGUGAGGAAAGGAGCAAGAACACGCACACAGAGAGCGCCUUCCCCCUCCUUCCAGGGAGGCGGAUCUCCGGGUAUUUGAUCUCUGCGAUCUCGCCCCUCCUCCGCAUCCUAAACCGAUUCCGAGGCGCUCUCUCUCGCCUGGCAGCACCGAGCACGGGGAAGUGUGUGUGUGUGAAAGAGGGAGAGGGAGAGAGAGAGAGAGAGAGGAGGAAAGGAAAAGGAAGCCCAGAAAGUGAACCAGCGUCUUUUCCUCGUCCUCGCCAGCCCCGUCUCCUUCCUUACAUUAUGCUCGUGAUUUCGACUCUCCGCGCUCGAGUGUUUCUGCUCCUCCCGAUCAACUCUCGAGAGCGGAUAGUUGCGGAACCCCGGGGAAAUAAAUUGCAUGAGAGUGAUCCUCACGUUUAAUAAAAGUGAAGUUGUGGGAGGAGAGGAGGAGGAGGAGAAGGUGUGGGAGCAGGAGGAGGGGGAGGGGGGCAGCCGCAGAGGAAAAGCUCUCUGAAGUUUGGCUCCAAUUCACCUCCCCUCCCCUCCCCACCUCCCCCAGCAGCAAGAAGGCGAACGAAGGACUCACUUUAAAAAAAAAAAAAAAAGGUGGGGGGUGGAAAGGCUGAUCGCUGCAACGAAGCGGCACAAACCACCAUGCAGCUUGUGUUAUGGGCUGUGGGAUUAAGCACGCUAUUCUUGCAAGACUUCUUGAACGUAGCCGGUGCAACCGCAGCAGCAGCAACAGCAGCAAGGAAGCAGGGUUUGCAUCUGAGACAAGCUCAUCUGCUGGAGACACUGAGUGAGUACGAGGUCGUGACUCCAACCCGGGUGAAUGAGUUUGGAGAGCCCUUUCCUGCCAAGGUGCACUUUCAAAGGAAGAAACGAAGCCUUCAUCUGGACAUUGAGCCCUGGGGCCCGGACGCUACCUCCUCCUCUAUCAACAGUACCACCCAAGCACACUACAAGCUCACAGCCUUUGGGCAACACUUUGUUUUCAAUCUUACAGCCCAUUCGGGAUUUAUUGCCCCUCUUUUCACUGUCAGCUUCCUUGGAGAACCUAAGAUUAACCAAACAAACUUUUACACUGAGGAGGAAAGUGAUAUUAAGCACUGUUUUUAUAAAGGACAUGUCAAUACGGAGCCACAACACACUGCAGUCAUCAGCCUCUGUUCUGGGAUGCUAGGUACAUUCAGGUCUCAUGAUGGCGAGUAUUUUGUAGAGCCACUGUUUCCACCUGACCAGCAAGAGUAUGAAGAGGAGCAUAAAAAGCCACAUGUGGUCUACAGACAUACUAUGCCUCCAGCAUUCCUGCCAAGGGACAAGCAGACAUGUGACACUUCAGGGCAUUCAAAAAAUCACAGAAAGUUCAAAAGCCGAAGCAAGACAAAACAGUGGCCCCUUACUAGCAUAUUAUCUGAUGUAGAGGCGCUGAAACGUAGCUUAGCCUCAGAGCGAUUUCUUGAAUUCAGUAAAAACAAAACUGGCAAUGAAUGGGGAACAAACUCUCACAGAAGAACCAAGCGAUUUCUCUCUUAUCCUCGAUUCGUGGAAGUCAUGGUGGUGGCAGACAGCCGAAUGCUUGCUUACCAUGGAGCAAACCUGCAGCACUACAUUUUGACAUUAAUGUCCAUAGUUGCAUCUAUAUAUAAAGACCCAAGUAUUGGAAAUUUAAUUAAUAUUGUUAUUGUGAAAUUAGCCAUCAUACAGAAUGAACAGGAUGGGCCUUCCAUAUCCUACAAUGCUCAGACAACACUAAAAAACUUUUGCCAGUGGCAGAAAACCCAAAACCACCCUAAUGAAGAACAUCCGGAUAAGCAUGACACUGCUGUAUUGGUGACAAGACAGGAUAUAUGUAGAGCUCACGACAAAUGUGAUACUUUAGGUCUGGCUGAAUUGGGUACGGUCUGCGAUCCAUACCGGAGCUGUUCAAUUAGUGAAGACAGUGGACUAAGUACUGCUUUUACAAUUGCACAUGAACUUGGCCAUGUAUUUAACAUGCCUCACGAUGACAACAAUAAAUGCAAAGAAGAUGGAGGAAAAAGCCAACAACAUGUUAUGGCUCCUACACUGAGCUACAACACCAACCCCUGGAUGUGGUCAAAAUGUAGCCGGAAAUACAUCACAGAAUUUCUAGACACUGGUUAUGGGGAAUGUUUGCUUGAUGAACCUACAUCAAGAACAUACACUUUGCCUCAACAACUUCCAGGAUACAUAUAUGAUGUCAAUAAGCAGUGCGAGUUAAUUUUUGGGCCCGGAGCUAAGGUUUGCCCCUAUAUGCAGAAGCAGUGCAGAAGACUCUGGUGCAUCAAUGCUGAUGGAGCACAUAAAGGAUGUCGCACGCAACACACACCAUGGGCUGAUGGAACAGAAUGUGGCCUCGGAAAGAGUUGCCUUCUUGUGGUGGUAUUUUCAAGGCCUGACUACCCAAGAGAGCGCAAGGUGAAUGGGGAGGUUCGCCAGCUUCUCACUGUGUCAAAGAGCAGACUCUUCUGUGAACAGACAUCCCUCAUAUACAGCAAGCACUGCAAGUAUGGCCACUGUGUUCCCAGAGAGCGAGAAAUACCUGUGACAGACGGGGCGUGGGGUACAUGGAGUCCCUUUGGAGCUUGCUCACGAACAUGUGGUGGGGGAAUUAAAAAUGCUGUUCGAGAAUGCAACAGGCCUGAACCAAAAAAUGGUGGAAGAUACUGUGUGGGGCGCAGAAUGAAAUUUAAAUCCUGCAACACUGAACCAUGUCCUAAGCAAAAGAAAGAUUUCCGUGAUGAACAAUGUGCAGUGUUUGAUGGGAAGCAUUUUAACAUUAAUGGUCUACCUCCUAAUGUGCGUUGGGUUCCCAAAUAUAGCGGCAUUUUGAUGAAAGAUAGGUGCAAGCUCUUCUGCAGAGUGGCAGGAAACACGGCCUAUUACCAGCUCAGGGACAGGGUUAUUGAUGGCACCCCUUGUGGCCCAGACACAAAUGACAUCUGUGUUCAAGGACUUUGUCGGCAAGCUGGAUGUGAUCAUGUGCUGAAUUCCAAGGCCAGAAGAGAUAAAUGCGGCGUGUGUGGUGGCGAUAAUUCAUCAUGCAAAACUGUUGCAGGGACAUUCAAUACAGUGCACUAUGGUUAUAACACUGUGAUACGCAUACCAGCAGGUGCUACCAAUAUAGAUGUACGGCAGCAUAGUUACUCAGGGAAACCAGAAGAUGACAACUACCUUGCAUUAUCAAGUAAUGAAGGCUUCAUAUUAAAUGGAGAUUAUGUCGUCAGCAUGUUUAAGAAGGAAAUCAAGGUUGGAAAUGCCGUGAUAGAAUAUAGUGGCUCAGACACACCCAUUGAACGAAUCAAUUCUACAUACCGUAUCGAUCAAGAAAUUGUUCUUCAGGUUUUAUCAGUGGGUAAUUUAUAUAACCCUGAUGUUCGAUAUACAUUCAAUAUCCCCAUUGAAGAUAAACCUCAGCAGUUUUUUUGGAAUACCUAUGGCCCUUGGCAGCCCUGCAGUAAACUGUGCCAAGGGGAGCGAAAAAGAAAGCCUAUUUGCACCCGAGAAUCUGACCAGCUCAUGGUGUCUGACCAAAGAUGUGAUCAAAUUCCCCAACCUGUUCCAAUAACUGAGUCAUGUAAUACGAACUGUGAAUUAAGGUGGCAUAUUGCCAGGAAGAGUGAAUGCACUGCACAGUGUGGAUCGGGGUUCCAGAUUUUGGAAAUUUCCUGCACCAAGUACAGCAAGACAGAAGGGAAAAUUGAGAAGUAUGAUGACCAAUACUGCAGUGGCAUCCCCAAACCAAACUCCAGGGAAAAAUGUUCCUCAGACUGUAAUACUGGAGGAUGGCGCUAUUCAACCUGGACAGAAUGCUCUAAGAGCUGUGGUGGUGGUACAAGGAGGCGCCGAGCUGUUUGCAUGAAUACGUUCAAUGACAUCCUGGAGGACAGUAAAUGCAGUCAGCAAGAGAAGGUGACCAUGCAGCGAUGCAAUGAAUUGGCAUGCCCGCAGUGGAAAACUGGUGAUUGGUCAGAAUGCUUGGUAACCUGUGGGAAAGGGCACAAGCACCGGCAAAUCUGGUGCCAGUUUGGAGGAGAACGGCUAAAUGACAGGAUUUGCAAUCUCGAGACGAAACCAGAUGCUGUGCAGAGUUGUCAGCGGCAGGAAUGUGCUGCAUGGCAAGUAGGGCCAUGGGGACAGUGCACUGCAACAUGUGGGCAGGGCUAUCAGAUGAGGGCAGUGAAAUGUGUGGUUGGCGCUUACGUGUCCGUGGUAGAUGAUAAUGAAUGCAAUGCUGCUACCAAACCAACAGACACACAGGACUGUGAAAUAGCACCAUGCCGUCACCACCCAAGCAGCUCAGAAACAAAGCAAAACAGCCACAGAACUCAGUGGAGAUUUGGAUCCUGGACUCCUUGCUCAACUACAUGUGGGAAGGGCACCAGGAUGAGAUACGUCAGCUGUCGUGAUGAUCAAGGCUCUGUGGCUGAUGAGGCUGCCUGCUUUCACCUUCCAAAGCCAUCUGCAACAGAAGUAUGCAUAGUAACACCAUGUGGACAGUGGAAGACUGCCGAAUGGAGCUCGUGCUCCGUAACCUGCGGACAAGGUAAGGUGACCCGGCAAGUAGUCUGCAUAGACUACAGUGACCAGAUCGUUGACAGACGUGAGUGUGAUGCUGAUGAUAUCCCUGCAACAGAGCAAGAUUGUUCUAUGCCAUCAUGUCAACAGAUUAACUCUGAAUAUAACAGGCCAAUCUAUCCCGUCCCUUAUCCGGACUAUCGGCAAAAGGGCGGAAACCCAAACCGAAACCAAGGUCGUGUACAUGCGCAUGACGGCAACCAGUGGAGAACUGGCCCAUGGGGAGCAUGUUCCAGUACAUGCGCUGGUGGAUUCCAGAGGCGGGUUGUGGUAUGCCAGGAUGAAAAUGGAUACACUGCCAGUAACUGUGAAGUGAGAACAAAACCAGAUGAGCAGAGAUCAUGUGAAUCAGGGCCCUGCCCUCAGUGGGCCUAUGGCAGUUGGGGUGAGUGCUCAAAGCCAUGCGGUGGAGGAACCAGAACAAGACUGGUUGUGUGCCAGCAUCCAAAUGGAGAGAGAUUCACUGACAUGAGCUGUGAAAUCCUUGACAAGCCGCCAGACCGCGAGCAGUGCAGCGUGCAGGACUGCCCUCAAGACGUCGCCUGGAGUACUGGUCCUUGGAGCUCGUGUUCUGUGUCUUGUGGACGAGGGCAGAAAUACCGAGAAGUUUAUUGCUUGUCGAAGGAUGGAAAACAUUUAGACAACAGUCUUUGUAAACAGCUGGCCAAACCGAAUGUGCAAAGGAAGUGUAGAGGUGGCAGGUGCCCAAAAUGGAAAGCAGGAGACUGGGGACAGUGUUCUGUGUCCUGUGGGAGAGGAGUUUGGCAGAGAAGUGUCUUCUGCCACCUUGGUUCUCACAAAACCACUAGAGAGAUUGAAUGCAAUCAGUCCAACAGACCAGCUUCAGAACAGGAAUGCCAAAUGACUGAAUGUUCUAUCUACAAUUGGGAAGCAGAGAGUUGGGAAGAUUGCAGCAAAACAUGCGGUGAAGGGUCCAGAUACCGCAAAGUGAUAUGCAGGGACCAAAAUAGGCAAGAAGUUGACAGCCGUCACUGUGAACCAGGCAAGAGGCCACCUGAUGUGGAAACCUGCAACUUGCCGCCAUGUGAAUAUAUUUGGAUCACAGGGGAGUGGUCAGAGUGUUCUGUGACAUGUGGAAAAGGCUACAAGCAAAGGCUGGUCUCCUGCAGUGAAAUUUAUACAGGGAAGGACCACUAUGAAUAUGGGUAUACAAAUGUGGUCAAUUGCCCAGGCACACAACCACCAAAUGUGCAGUCAUGCUAUCUAGGCGAGUGCCCAGUUUUGGCAUCAUGGAGAGUUGGAAAUUGGGGAAGUUGUUCAGUGAGUUGUGGAAUUGGGGUAAUGCACCGGUCAGUUCAAUGCCUUACAAACAAUGACCAAGCAAGCACCUUGUGCCCUGAUGCUUUGAAACCUGUGGAAAGAAGGGCAUGCCACAAUAUUCAUGACUGUGAGUUACCAACAAAUUGCAAAGAAGUAAAAAGGCUCAAAGUCAUCAGUGAAGAUGGAGAAUAUUACCUGAAAGUUAAAGGAAGACUCUUAAAGAUAUAUUGUGCUGGCAUGGAAUCUGACAGACCGAAAGAAUAUGUGACUCUGGUAAAUGGCGAUGCAGAGAAUUUCUCAGAGGUGUACAGCUACAGAUUACAUAACCCAACUGAAUGUCCAUAUAAUGGAAGUAGAAAAGAGGAUUGUCAGUGCAGGAAAGAUUACACAGCAGCUGGGUUUUCCUCCUUCAACAAAGUAAGGCUGGACCUGAACACUAUGCAAAUAAUAACAACUGAUUUACAGUUUGCAGAGACACUUGAUGGACGACCUGUUCCUUACGCCACUGCUGGGGAUUGCUACAGUGCAGCCAAGUGCCCACAGGGUCGUUUUAGCAUCAACCUCUCUGGAACUGGCCUGUUGGUAACACAAACAUCAGAAUGGCUUUCCCAAGGGAAUUAUGCUGUUUCUGAAAUUAUAAAAUCGCCAGAUGGUACCAAAGUAAGAGGGAAAUGUGGUGGCUACUGUGGAAAAUGUACUCCAUCAUCUGGAACUGGUCUUGAUGUCCAGGUGUUGUAGCAAUGGUAUGUUUGUGCGUUUUACUGUUGUACAAGCACAGUAUUUGAAGAUCAGUAGCAACAAUUUGAUAUUCAAUCCAGUAUAUAUUUUCUUGCAAUUAAUUCCCACUCCUUUCAGUAAAUGCAGUCUCAUAGCCCAACACUGUGAUGCAUUCAGCUACCAACUGGCAAGUGGGUUUAUGGUCAAAUUCUAGCAUAUUGACAUAAUUAGGGCUAGCAAAAUAGGACAGGACAACCAAUAUUCCUGUGCAGCCAACCCAGAAGAUAAAAAUGCAAUUUGCUCCGCACUCUCAGAAAGAGGCAGGCAGAUAUCUUCACAGCACAGCAUCCUGGUAAGUGAAAAGCUUCUGUGCUCAAAGGAAAGCUGGUACAACUUUGCACUGUCUGCUUUCUUGUGUGCAGGAAUGCUGCUUUUAUUACAGGUGUGUGCAAUGGCAUUGCCAGGCUCCCAUCAUGCACGAGUCCUUGGGCUUCAUGUACACGGCUGGCUGGAAAUAACCCACACCAAUGAGAACUGCAUGUAUAUAGAUUUCUAAGUGGGAAUACAUCUAUCUAUCUAUCUAUCUAUCUAUCUAUCUAUCUAUUUAUUUUAUUAAAACAUUUCUAUGCCGCCCCAUUCGCCGAAGCCUCAGGGCGGCUCACAACAUAUUUCCACCACUUUGGUGGCUCCGAAGUUUCCCAGGAAUUUGUGGGGAAUAGCUGCCCAAUAUUUUCAAUUCAGUUACCAGUAUACAGCACCCAAAGUAAUUCUUUGAUGGCACCAAGAAUUAUUUUACCCUUGGGAGUGUUACUGUGGGGGCAUAGGGUGUCUUUGAACUGUAUGUCUGUUUUUCUGGUGAAGGAAUGGGCUGGGCCUUCUCUUUUCAGCACAGAAAUUGAGAGAACUCUCCAUUGUGUUUUUGAUUCCCAGGAAUUUUGAAUGCCGGGAGCUGAAGCAAGAUGGAUGAAGGAUAAUGAAGCAAUACCUCUUCCUUCCACUUUUGUACUUCUUCCUGUGUGUGUGCAUCUAAAAGUGUGUGUGCGUGCGUGUGUGCGUGCAUGUAUGUAUAUGUUUGUUUUUAUAUAUAUAUAUAUAUAUGUAUAUUGUAUAUUCUUAAUGUUGUAAAGUAUAAUAUUUAUGUCUGGAAUUAUUUAUUUUUGAUUUAAUAUUUUUGUACGUAAAAUGUUUAUAUUAAGGCUGCUUAUCAUGUUGUGUGUGUAUGUGUGUGUUAAACCUUGCAGUCACACCACUGCAUUUUACGUACUCUACAUUAUAUGUAGCACUAUGACAAAAGUGAUGCUUUUAUUGUCACUGUACUCAAUUGUUUACCUUCGAUCAGUAAUUUUUCUUCUUGUUACAGCCUGCACUGAUCUUUUCAAGGUGCUAAAUGGUUUGCAUCGGGGUAUUUUUGGCAUUUUAGAACUAUCUUUAUCUUCUGAGGAAAAAUGUGAUUGUCAUUUUUUAAAUUCAUACGGCAAUCGGUGCUAUGCAGGGACUCAGUGAACACACGUUAUGAUGACAUGGAUUCUUCAGUAGUUUGCCUUUCAUAUUUUUAAGGGUGCAUGACGUCCUCGUGGCAGUGGCAUCCUAACCACUGGUCUGGUGCUAACAUGGUAGUAUUUAUUAAUCUCCUUUAAGUUGUAAAAACUCAAUCCUGUGCAGCUUUACAUUGCAAUGGGAGAUGAGUAAGUGAAUUUAGGCAAAUGGAGAGUGAGUUCAAACAUUUAGUUUAAGGCAGAAAUUCUUAAGUUGCAUUCCAGGAAAUCCCAGAGUUCCUCAAACGUUCAUGAAGGGUUCCUUACAAGAAAAGAAAAGAAAUGUGCCUGCAGUGCUGUGCUUUAAGUAUGCAGCCUCAGGGAACUGCUGGUAUAUUCCAGGGCAUCCACUCUUGUUGCAGGAGGCAAGAGCAGCUGCUUCUGUUCCUGGGGCACCAACUCCAUCCAAACAAUCUGUGCACCUGAGAAACUCUCCUGGGAACCCUUGGUAAGGCACCAGAGGUCUGCCAUCUUUCAUUGUCACAUAGUUACAUGCCAUCAAGCAUCUUUGGCUUGUGAGGAACCUGCAGAUGAGCAUCCUCCAAAAUGUCCCAUCCCUUACAGCCCUGCUCCGCUCUUGUAAACUCAAGGCUGUGGCUUCCUUUAUGGACUUGAGCCAUCUCAUAUUUGGUCUUCCACAGUUUCUGCCUUGGACUUUGCCUGGCAUUCUCAGCUGAGUGCUAAGGAAAUACUUCCCUGAAGUGAAAGGAUUGAAAUCAUCGGUUUCAGGGAUAGGUGGUGGUAGGCAGUUAGUAGCUAGAAGUAUGCAUCCAGUCUAGCCGAAUCUGUAGUCACAUUGGGCUGCUUGUGCUUUUCCAUAUAUAGAGAACACCAGGGUGUGACGAAAGAGGAGUGGAAUGACUGAUUGGUCUAAUCAUUGGGAAUGAGUGUCUAGGGACUUUUCGAUCACAGGGACUGCAGGGAGGGAUUUGAGGUUUACAGAAUCUUUUGCUCAAGUCUGCUCUCUGUUCCGUUGCUAUUUUGCACUGUCCUUUUAAUAUACAGAUUUAUGUUUAUAGAUUGAUUUGCAAGGACUCCUGAAUUCCCUCAUUCCAUGCAAGAAAGCAGCCAUUCCAUGCAUAAUGGAAUUUUUAAAAAUCACAUAUUGCAAAAUAGGAACUAAAAUAAACCAUGGCCAAACCAUCGCACUCAUUUCUGAUGUGUUGCAGUAGAAAAUGUGGCUGUUUAAAUGUUCCCAUAUUUUGGGUCUCCUUGCUGUAUCACAGUUUGUAUGUCCAUUAUAGAUAGGAUAAAUUUGGGGUAGAAAAUUACCUUCCCCUUUUUUAAAAAAUGUAGAAAUAAAUAGCUUAUGUUUGCUAGAAUGAAUAAUGCACAGUUUCAUUUCCAUGGUAGACAAGUCUUCUGUUCUGUGCUGUAGGUCGUGUUUAGAGGGGGGCACAGUUGCUAGAUUUCAUUCCAAAAAUAAUACAGAAGAACCAGAAUGUUCACCUCUGUAAUACUGAAAUAGGUUGAGGCUCAGGUCUUUUGCCAAACAAACCAGCUGCACAGGUUUUACUGAUGUUACAGGUUGUGCUGAGCACAUGCCUUGGUGUGGAUUAACCUGAAAAAGACAGUUAGCAAGGUUCAGGAGAAUCAAAGCCUUAACUUCAUUGAGAGACCCUGUACCUCGCUGUCUUGCUUAUCUUUCCACAGUAAGCAUAUUUGUCUGCAAGACUUCCAUCUUGCCCUAUUUCUGUUCAUUUCAUACCUCACAAAGUCCCAAGAGACCACUACAUAAUGAGCACAAUUACUUCCACACAACUACCAUUGGAUGGGCAGCUUUUCUGCAGACAAGGUUAGAAUUUCCCUAGCACUACUGAAAACAGUAAAUACAGAAGAUAAAUAGAGUAAGGGUAGGUCAAAUUUAUAAUACAAAUGGAUUUAAAAAGGAAAAACCGCUACCACAUUCAGUGUAUAAUUUUAUCCCACUAUCCUGUAGUUACAAAGCAGCCCAGCAGUUUAGGUCAUGCUUUGUAUUCGCAUCCCAUUUCCUGGUGUUCCCUUUUAAAUGCAUCUGGGGAAGUUCUCUGUUUGGAGAGCUGGUGCCAGUCAGAGUAGACCAUUUUGGUCCAGGUAGACCAGUAGUUUUAGCGUAGAGCAGUUUAUAUAUCUUCAUGCAGAGAUCUCAAGAAGUUUAUAGCUUUCUGUUUCAGGAAAUGCCAUAGUGCAGUAGUAAUGUGCAUGCUUUGCAUACUGAGGAUUUAGGGACCCUUGACUUAACUCCAGCCUUGCACUACUGGAAAUCCCUAGUGUGGCAGCACUUCCACCUUUGCACCUCCUCUCUGCAGCCAUGCUCUGGAUGCUUCCCAGUCCCUCCGAAACACAUGUUGAAGAAGCGCAUGGGUGCUGUGAGAUGGGAGGAGAGGUGGAAGGGGGAUCAUCCUCUUCUCAUCCAUCAGUGGGAUGACACGACUGGAUUCUUAUGUUCACUCCCAUUAUCUAAAUUCACGUCUAUCUAAAGGGUUUUGCUUUUUUGCCCUUCAGAUUAAUUAGGCUGCACUUCAUUUGGCUCCACAGGUAGUCAUGUUAUUCUCUACAUAAGGUCUCUUACCCCACAUCUCACAUGAACUGAAUAAAUUCAUAUCUCAGGCAGACUUAAGAUAUUAAGAAUGUUUUAAACCGAUUAAAAAAUGCUGUAUACUUUUUUUGACAAAAUGCCAAAAAUACCAUUUCAUUCUAUGAAAAACACUAGUAGUUUAAAAAAGUAGUGAUUUUUUUUUUUAAAGUGAUUACCAUUCAUCCUUAAGAAUUAUCUGUAGGGAAAAGGGAAAAUUGCACUAUAAGCAUUAGGACAGAACCAUGGUGCUUAGAAAAUGGCAAUCUGCUUUUUAUUUUCAGUAAUGAAGUGUAUUUAUAUAAAGAAUUAUUAUUAAAAAUCUAUACAUUCCUUUAUACCAGGUAGUAUCACAACGGCCGUCACUAGCUCAAAAAUGAAACCUUAAAAUUAUGAAAUGAAAUGUAAGGACAUUAUUGGUGACUAAUUUUUAAUGUAACUGGUGGGUUGUUUUCCAAAGGAGGGCCACUCAAUGAGUGGACGGUUCUUGUAAAGUACAUAUAUAGUCAUUGUUCUCUUGUACCAGUGCCAUUAUUUUUAUGAAAACAAGUAACUUUUGCAAGC